UAUCACGUCAGUCGGCUGGUGGUAAUAUAGAGCAGUGACACUUGCGAUACUCAAUUAGGUUUUUUGGCAUUGGAAUAUUUCGGGCUUUUGGUAUUGAAUGGUCGGUUUUGGGGGGUUUUCGGUUCGGUUUUUGGGGAAAAACCCACCGUUAACUACGCAUUACACGGAAAGGUGUGGCAGACGCCAUAUUGUCGAUCUGAGCCGGCUAGAUUCUUACACCAUUUUAUCGACACACACAGGGGGUGGAAGUAGCGAAGUCGUUUGACUUAAACCGCGUUCUAAAUUUAGACAAUUGGAUUUUUGCUAAAAGAUUUAGAAUUAGAGCAAAAUGUCUGUCCCUGACAAAGAUGAGCUAGUGCAGAGGGCAAAACUCGCAGAACAGGCCGAAAGGUACGAUGACAUGGCUUCGGCUAUGAAAUCAGUCACAGAAACCGGAGUAGAAUUGAGCAAUGAAGAACGAAACCUCCUUUCUGUCGCGUACAAGAAUGUCGUUGGUGCCAGGAGGUCAUCGUGGAGAGUUAUUUCUUCAAUUGAACAAAAGACUGAGGGCUCAGAACGCAAACAGCAGAUGGCCAAAGAAUACCGAGAAAAGGUCGAAAAGGAACUAAGGGAGAUCUGUGACGACGUCCUCGGUCUUCUUGACAAAUACUUGAUCCCUAAAGCGAGCAACGCUGAAUCAAAAGUUUUUUACUUGAAAAUGAAGGGAGAUUACUACCGGUAUUUGGCCGAAGUAGCCACAGGAGACACAAGAAACGCCGUCGUCGAUUAUUCACAAAAGGCAUACCAAGACGCUUUUGAAAUCUCAAAGGCAAAAAUGACGCCCACACAUCCCAUCAGAUUAGGUCUUGCCCUAAACUUCUCCGUUUUCUAUUAUGAGAUAUUAAAUUCACCAGACAAGGCUUGUCAGUUAGCUAAACAGGCCUUCGAUGACGCAAUAGCAGAACUCGAUACCUUAAAUGAAGACUCUUACAAGGACAGCACUCUCAUAAUGCAGCUCCUCCGAGACAACCUCACACUCUGGACAAGUGACACGCAGGGCGAAGCGGAUGAGCCUCAAGAGACUGGUGAUAAUUGAAGUGUGGCGUCCGUUUUAAAAUUAUUCGUUAAAAAUGAAGUUUCAUGUAAGUUAACGUAUUCGUGGAACUUGGUUGUGAAAUUUCAUUGACAGUUUUAAGCAAAGUUUCACCUGAUGAAACUUGAUAUUUAACAAUGUUUUUAGGAGAUGUGUAAAUCGUUAAAAUUUAAUUACAUUUUCACACAACCAAAACAAUGUCAGCCACAAUUAAGUUUUUAAUUCAAAAAAUCAUCAUUGAUUCAAAUUUACCGGAAGUUGUGUGGUUCAGUGUAUUUUGGCAUUUUCUCAUUUUUGCUCUUAUGUUUUUUCUCCUUAUUUUUGUAAUUAGUGUUUCAUUUUUCCAUAAGUGUAAUUUAUUUGAAAUUUCAGUAAUUUUUAAUUUCUAAUUUGUUAACUAUUAAAAUUAUUAUUUAAUAACACUGUUUUAGUUAUAUUUUUUGUAUUCGUCCAUUGUUGAAAUCUCCAAAAAUAAAUCAUACCUAUACCUCUUUAUACAUUAAAAAAGCCUGUACCUUAGUCCACAAAAUUAUUUUGCACUCCGCUGCAUGGGCCGUAUCUGCCUUCCCCCCCUUGUUUACCGUCAACUCACUUUGGAUGUGCUAUAUAUAAAUGUAUGAAUAUGUAUUAAAAUAAACUGCUAUCAGCUCUACUUGUUUUCUGUUGUAUCUGGCAAAUAUGUAUAUUUGUCUGAUAUCAAUAAAUUUUUCAAAAUCUAUUUUGUUUUAUUUAUAUUAUAUUACUAGGUGUUUUUCGAUUGAUUGGAUUGAUUGUCAAAGUGCGGACGUAACUACAUGUACUAUUAUGUUCUCUCUUAAUUGCUAUGUUACGUGUUGUAUUAAGAAAUGUAGUAAAAAAGGUGACAUGUAAAAUCGGUCAGAUUCUAGCUGAUAAUGGUUGUUGGAGGGGACAGCAGAAUACUGUCUUGACUUGAGGCUUGCAUAAGUCACAUUUUCGCUGACUUAUGGUGGUCCAAAUUUUUAUUUUUGUUUUUCAGAUUUAAUAUAGUUACAUUUUAAGCCUGUAAAAAUGUCAUCAAAUAAAAUUCUUUGAAACGAA